CUGACGUCAUGUGGAAUGUGGACGACAAAAACUUCAUGAACACAAUAAGUGACCUAAAAACAAGCUAAAGGACACAAACGCUGGUGAAAAUGCUCCGUCUCCUCUGCUGUUGCUUUGUCUCCAGCGACAGUCUCGGCGAGAGGCAGCCUUUGUUGCAGCCUGGAUCUCCAUCUGAAGUGACUGAAGCUGAAUCAGCCAGACAGGCCCCCUCAGCUCACAAUGGUAAACCAGAUGCGCCGACAGUGAAAAGGAGUGGAAAGCUGGUGAUGAGACGGGUGAAUGUGCCAGAGUUGGAUCAGAGGUUUACUGACAUGGCAGAGAUCUUCAAUGAGCAGCAGGAACACUAUGAAGCCAUGGUUGGACACAUCAGAAAGUUGAAACAGAGCUGCGACAGUACGGAUGUUGAUAACCUGGCUUUUGCUGAGUGCAUAGGGGCGAUAAGGAAGGAGCAGGAGACCACAUACAGGGUGUCUUUGAAGAUGAAGGGCUAUGACUUCUCCCUCAUAUUGGAUCCUGUGGGCCCACAGGGAGAAACUGAGGAGGGACCAGUGCCUCUCGCUCUGCAGAGAGCCCAGAAUGAGUUCAGGGGUAUUUCAGACAGCGCCAAAGCCACCGUCUCAAAGGGUGCCAAACUCUUUCAGCUUUUGGACUGGCUGCUCCGCAGCAACAGUCAAAUGGUUGAGCAAGUGAAGGGAGCAGCAGAAACCUACCAAGAACAAGGAAGACUGAAUGACAACCUGGAAGAGAAUAUCAAGGAAGUGAGAAGGGCUAAAGAGUUAUCACAGAGAUACAGGAAACAGGCAGAUGAAGUUUAUACUGAAGCUGCACAGAUAGCAGGGAUUGAUGUAUAAUUUCCACAGUUUUUAAAUAGUUCAUUUAAAUAAAUUU